CAUGAGACUCGCUUUGCUCGCCGACCUGUGGGGGAGUGUCCAUGAAGCGCUCACUAAAACACUCUCUUUCCCUUUUCUUUUGAAGCACAGUUUCUCUUUUUGCGAGCUAACUCCUAAACAGAAUGAUGGCUUAUCGAUCUUCUCGAACAUCUCGGACCCGUGUCCGCUGUUGCAUUUUCUUCGUGUUGCUCUGCAUUAUCGGGCUCAUUGUGCUUGGGGUCCUACUGAGCGGAACCUCAAAUUGUAAGGACGGCUUCAGGCACGCGGCGGUGGCUGCUGACACGGCGACAUGCUCUGAAGUGGGCAAAUCCAUGCUGCAAAAUGGUGGCUCAGCAGUAGAUAGUGCCAUUGCUGCACUGUUGUGCACCUCGUUACUGAACCCACAGAGUAUGGGUAUAGGAGGAGGAGUCAUUUUCAACAUAUAUGAAGCUUCAGGCAAAGUCACCAUAAUUAAUGCCCGUGAAACAGUGCCACAAAACACACCAGAGUUCUUGAGAAACUGCACAGGAUUUCUAAAUCUAGGAUCUUUGUGGAUUGGUGUCCCUGGAGAAAUCAGAGGAUAUGAAGAAGCACACAAAAGGUUUGGGAAACUUCCCUGGAAAACACUGUUUCAGCCCUCCAUUAAACUAGCCAGGGAAGGAUUCCCAGUGUCCAGAGUGCUGAGUGCAUUUCUCUCACAUCUGCAACCAUUUUUGAACAAAACAAAUUUACGUGAACUGUUUUUCAAGACUGGGAUGAUAUUGAAAGAAGAAGAUACACUCAAAUUUCAAAAGUUAGCAGAUACUUUGGAAAUAAUUGCCGAAAACGGAGCAAAUGCUUUCUAUGAAGGCCAGCUGGCAGAGGAUUUAGUUAAAGAUAUCAAAGAACUUGGAGGAUAUUUGACAACAGAAGAUCUGAAAAACUUCAAAGUGAAAGUAGAACAGCCACUGCAAUUGAAGAUUGGAGACAACAAACUUUAUGUUCCUCCUCCGCCAAUAGCGGGAGCCAUUCUUGGGUUUAUACUUAAUAUCAUGAAAGGAUAUCAACUAAAUCCUGACUCUUUAAUGAAAAAUAAUGUAUUGACUACCUAUCACAGAUUCAUUGAGGCCCUUAAGAUGGCAAAUGGACAGAAACUGAAGAUAAAAGACCCAAAAUUCAGUAACAGAACGCAAAAUGAUGCUGCUCUGCUAAUAUCAGACAAGUUUGCAGAUUUUGCACGUUCCCAGAUACAGGACGACCAAACUCAUCCAUUUCCCUAUUAUGGAGUAUCACCGUCCUUUGACAGCACAGGGACCACACACAUAUCAAUCAUUGACAAGGAUGGAAACAGUGUAUCAGUGACAAGCACCAUCAACAGUAUUUUUGGUGCCAUGAUGUACUCUAGAAGGACAGGCAUUAUCCUAAAUAAUCAAUUAUCAGACUUCUGUGGAAGAGCAACUCAUGUUUCUCCAGGAGAGCAGCCUCCUUCUUCAAUGACACCAGCUAUUCUUGUUUCAAGCAGUAACAGACCUAUACUAGUAAUUGGUGGUUCUGGAGGGAGUAUGAUAACAGGAGCAACAGCUCUGGCUAUGGUCAAUUAUUUAUGGUUAGGACAGGAUUUAAAAGAAGCAAUAAAGGCUCAAGUGGUGCAUGUGAAUUCAAAAAAUGAAGUUCAGUUUGAAAAGGACUUUGACCCGGUGUUAAAACAAGAACUGAUUUCCAUUGGUCACAAUGUUACAAAGAAUCCAUAUUUUUUUAACGUGGUGAAUGCAAUAUCAAGCAAUGGAAAAUGUUUCAGGGCAGUGUCAGAUCAGCGAAAGGAUGGACAACCUGCUGGAUAUUAACCUCAGAGUUCUUGAGAUCAAAAAGACCAUAUAACUGAGGCACUUAGGGGCCAAGAACACUGGGAAUGGAUAGUUUUAGGAAUGUACUGUAAAGGAACAGCACAUUUGACACAGAUGAAUACUUACUUUUUAAAAUGUUUAAAACAUAUGUGAACUCUUUUUGGGCAUUACUUUCUUGCAUGCAGACCACCAUCUGUGGUCUGCAUUGUGAUUGAACGGAAUGUCAGCAUCACUGAAAACCAUCCGCACAAUGACACUCAAGAUUGGAGAUUCCAUACAACCUUUGGGAGCUUUUUUUUUUAGCUCACUAUGCUACCUUCUUUUUUUUUUUCUUUACCAAUGGCAGUUGACAUGUGCACUGCCUCAUACUAUUUUCAAAGAAGGGCUGUUAAUAAAACACAGGAAUUUGGAAAGAAAGCAAUGAAGUUUUAACCAAAGCUAAGCACAUUUCACCUUAUACACAAUGGCAGAGCCUUGCCUCCAAGGUCUGGAUUUUUUUAAUGUGUGUCACCAUUGCCUUUUUUAUUGCUUUGUGUUUGCUAAUUGAGCUUAUAAGGAACUUUAUAAACAAAAAAAGUAUGAAAAUAAUGGACAAAAUGGAAAAAAAACAAACUUCUAGCUCUCCUGUUACAUCAUUUUUUGUGUUACGUUAAAAAAAAAAAAAUGUUUUCCAUGCUUUUCAGUUUAUGAAAGGAAAUAGGUAAGGAAUUACCAACCUGCAGUAAAAUGGUGCUAGGCAUAGAGAUAUUAAACCAUAAGUUCAGUAUUUUUCACGUCAAAGUUAUUUCGUCACAAUCAUGGUAUACAUUAAUUUGCCAUAUUAAAUUUAUGAAAUUGUGUUCUAAAGCACUCUUAUAAAUUAAAACAAAUAAGCAUCCUGUUCUUACACUUUAAAAUAGAAGUCAAAGGGCAAGGGUCCAAACAUGAAAACAAGUUGAUGCAGUAAAGGUUUUGAUUUAAGAAAAUAUGCUUUUUACAUUUCUGAUAACAAAAGAAAACAUGAAAUAAAAGGUCUGCCACCAAAUCUGGGAAUUAGUUUUCUUUAAGUAAGAAUACAUUUCCUUUUCACUUGUCUGCUCAUACCCUCCAUUGUUGAUAGAAUUAUGACAACCCGGCAAGACCCCAACACCAACAUAUAUUUUGCUUAUAACACUGCUUUUGCCUCUGCAGUUCAGUUUUUUCAAUAGUUAUGUUCUUCCAUGGUUUGUAAUAACCAGGACAGAUGCAUGCUUACAUCAUACGAUUAUUAUUUCCUAAGCAGUGCUUACUUUUUACCCCCCCAUUACAUUCUGUGUUGAUACUUUGCAUAAUCCACAGAGAGAGAGAAGGAGAACCUAAGAGUUUCAUUGGACUUUUUUACAAAUAACAACUAUAAAUACAUGGAGAGAACAUGCAAAACUCUUGCACACCCUGGCACUAUGAGGCAGGAAUGAGAACUCUGCACUAGUACCUGCAAAAAGUGUCAUAAAAGGUGCUCUGUGAACAGCAGCAGUGGCAGCACUGAGGGCUGGGGAGGGGGGGGGGGGGGGGGCAAAGACAUAUACAGAAGACACAGCAGUAUUAUUAGUCAUACAACACAUGACAGAUUGCUAGUACAGUUUGCAUGUUUAGUAGAAAAAUGGCAACUGAUAUUGUGCUCCUGAUGCAUAGCAGGAAAAGGGAGCCGAAAGAAGGAGUGGCAUAUAGGUUGCGUGAGUUAGUGGAGUGAGGCAGGAGCAUGUGUCGCUGUAUGGUAGAAGCUGAAAUAUUGAAGUAAUAGAGUGAAAAAAUACAAGUGGUCAUAACUGUGCCCUUUUCAGUACUUAUUGCCUAGUUUUCUAAAAAAAAACAUAGCAGUUCAUAUCAGGGCAACAAAAUUCAGUGUCAAUAAUAGACAAGGUAUUUUUGAAACGUACAAAAAAUACUUCACUUUGAAACACAAUUUUAUGUGGCAAAUUAUUAUAUACCAUGAUUAUGAAGAAAUAACUUCAAGUUGAAAAAAACAAACUUAUCCUAUAAUGAUAACAGGAUAGGAUGAUAUGUUAGAGAGUGUGACAGCACUCUGACAGAAGUUUUCCAUUGGCAUGCUCAGGAGUUAAAAUAACACAUGUAGAAGAGAACUGAUAUUCCUGUUUUUGAUUAUUUGGUAUAUUGUUUGGAUUCACCACCUAAGAGAGAGAUUUUGAAGUCACAAAAAUAUGUUCUCCACUGCAGUGAUAAGAAAGGCCAGAACCAAUGUAUAGUAUGUGAAUUCUAUAUAAGCAGUAAUAUCACUAUAUGAAACCCAUCAACAAAGAUUUAUUAUGCAUUAAAAAAUACUAUUUUUGGUAAACAGUUUACUAAGCCGUGGACAUUAUAAAUGCAUCUGUGGCAAACAGUAUUAGAAAACAGUAUUGAAUUUAAAAUUGUGAAAAUAAUGCAAUCCGUUUACCAUUAAAAUAUUCAGAUCACAUGUAGCAAGCCACAAUACCAAAACAGACGUAGUACAAAAGCAAACCAAGUUAUGCGUUUUCUUCUGUUUUGGGUCUUUUUUAGUAGAUUUUAAUUUCCUGAAUGAAGGGAACACAUUUUUAACCAUGCUAUUUGCUUUUAAAUAAACAAGCUAAAAACCCUUGGCAUACUUUUCCCCAUAAAAAGUGAUUUUUAUAAUUCAUUUACUAUACCAUACUCUGCUGAAUGUGGAGAAAAAUGAAUUUGCAGGGUUUAUUUAUUAAUCAUAAAGGAGCAGAACAAUAUAGUCCGGAGGCUAUAAUAUUCUUUAAAUGUUAAUUCGGUAACUCCACAUGCAGUCUCUUCCAAAUAGGGAAAUGUAACAAGAUAGAGGAAAGCUGUAGAAUAAUAGGUCAAGGUCGCUGGCUCUAGGAUGCCUUUCAGGGGAAUAAUGUGCAAGUCAGGCACCAUUAAAGAUAUUUGAAUAUUUUGUGUAAAUAAUCAUCCAUCUUUCUUAUACAGAGUAGACUGGAAAAAGAAGAUUCAAUUUUUCAGUCAAACAGUAUUUUAUAUGGCACCCCACACACAGCAUCUUUACUAAACAUAGUAGAAUACAAUUAUAGGCAACAAGAAAACACAUUGCAAUAUAAGGUAAUUAAUGUACUGUACAAUAUACAGUAAAUCAUAACACUAUAACAAGUGUGCAAAUGCACAGGUGUGAGAUUAAACCCACAAUCCUCUGAUCUCUUAUGAAGAACUAGACUCUAGCAUCACUUGACCGUUCCUUAACAUGUUGUCUUCAAGAAAGUGUUUCUAGUAAGCCUUGACAGAUGUCAUUAAAUUCUGGACUACUGAGAAAUGGUGACUGCUCACUAAACCUAGUAAGGCUGGGUUCUUCUAACCCUACAAUGUGCAUAAUGCUUUUUUACUUUUAUAUUGCACAUGUUUGUUAUGGAAGUGUAUCGCUACUAUGCAAAAUGUUUUUUUUCUGUGGUGGGUUUAUUUUCUUCUAAUAUAUUCUACAUUAUUGGAUAAAACACAUAAAUAAAUAAAUGCCUAGCAUUCUGCCAAGGCAUAAUUUGUUAUCA